AUGGGUGAUGGUGAUGACUGUGAUGAUGAUGAUGAUGGCGGUGAUGAUGAUGAUGACAUCGAAGGAAUAGCAGGGGUCGAACCUGCGACCUUGGGCUUAUUAGACCCACGCUCUAACCGACUGAGCUACGGCGGCUAUGUGGUUUACCUGUGA